AUGGCCGCCGCGAACCAUGUCAUCACUGUUACCGAGGGUAGAGCCAUGGGAUUCAUCGCGACUGAAGACAUGCUAGCUAUGCCUCCAGAAAACACCAUCAAACUCCUGGAGCAAGAGCUAGAGGCAUGUCCCUCAUGUCCGUGCUGCGGCGAGGGAUACUCGAAACCGCGAGAGCCCGCCAUGUCCGGGUAUUUCGCACCGGCGAAACUGAUGGUUCGUCCAUGGUUCUCGCGCUUAUGGGUUGUACAGGAGAUCUUCUCAGCCGGAGAGAGGCACGUGGAUGUUGUCGUUGGCCGCCAUCGAACAUCCUGGCUUUCGUUCCGGGAUGCCGACACGGCGUCGCAGGUGUUCAAAUAUGGUCAUAUUGUCUACAGUACCUUUGCUUAUAAACAUGAUGCUUUCAGGGUAUCCGGCGCAAUAAACAUGAUGCUGUACUGUAUGAAUCGGCAAUGCCUCGAUGCGAGAGACAGGAUCUUCGCGCUGCACUCCAUCCUGCACUUCCGGACGAUUGGACUUCUACCAGAUUACACACGGGAUACUGGCGAAGUUUACCUCGACUUUGUCGUCUCGUGCAUGAGGCACAUCAGGAGUAAUAGAACGAGCGACAAUGUCCUGGCUUUCCUCAUUCUAGUCGGCACUGAAUCAGGUCUACCGGAUCGGCCGUGCGAUGGCACGUACGCGCGGCCUUCAUGGGUACCAGACUUCAACAGGCUCAGCAACGUUUCCACGAAGAAGCUGAAAAUGCACUCAUCAACUUCGAAGCCUGGACUACAUCAAUGGCGGUUAACGCCACUCGAUAGGGAUGUCUUUCAGAUACGUGGACAUUUCUUCGCCAGUAUCGACAGCAUUCUGGAACAAUUUGUGUGGCCAGAGCUACCGAAAACUGUCGACGAAGCUUCUACGCGACAAUAUUCAAAGCGAAGCGAGGUUCUCAAGCGUCGCCUGGAAGAUUACUGGGAGCGGGAGCCGACUAACACUAUCUCGUUCGAUGAUUCGAUGGAUAACUUCCUUUCUUUCUACUUCGACCGAAACAACGAUCGUAUGGACUUCGAAAGGAGGCUUGCCAGGAUCAAGGGGCCAGGUCUUGUUGACGUGGCCUGA